AUGUCAAAAACGACGGUCGUAUUUUAUCACAUAAUUAAUGAUAAAGAAGACAAAAACUCGCAGAACGUUUUUUACAUUACGAAACCAAUAAAUUUGAUAACAUUAAGUGAUAUUAAAAAUGAGUUUCCCCUAAUUGGGACGUACCACUUCAGAUUUAAAAUCGUUCAUAACAAUACCCCAGCGUGGGUUGAUAUUACUGAUGAGUUUUCCCCCAUCCCGAGCUUGAAUUCAUGUAUUUACGCAAAGGUUUUACGAAUCAGUUGGGUGGACCACAAACAGAUGAAAAAAAAUUCGAGUUCAAAAUUUUUAGAAGAACAUGUAACAAAAUCGUAUAAAAAGGACAAAAUCAAUUUUGACUUAAAGGAUAAUAAAACAGAUAAUAACCCCAAUAUGAAUAGAACUAAGGGAAAUAUUGAUAUGUUAUUAUUUGAAACCACACCAAACAAGUCUACGCAUAUGGAUGUUGAUAAAAGGAAAGAUGACAAGAAGGAUCAAAAUUAUUUUGACUUAAUGUUCAAUUAG